GACAGUAGGAGUUUGCGUUGUUUUAUCAUUCAAAAUUUCUCUUUUUCAUAUUGUCAUUUUCUGGUAAAUUCAACUUCCUUUUAAUUUAUUUUAAAGUUUCUCUGAGGCGGGAUCUUUUGUCAAACUUCCGUUGAUUCCUCCCACGUCACACGUUGAGUGACCAUAAAUAUCUUAAUUGGUCGGCCGAGUGUAACUUUCACUUUCGUGGCGUUUUAAACUUUCUCAUCCAAAACGUAAGCCUAGAACGAUGACUUUCGCGAAGAUACAUGUAUGGUUCGUGCUUGCAAUUGGUUUGUUGCCGCCGAGAACUGGUAAGUGAAAUAGAAUUGAAAAUAAUCCUUGACUUCACGAGUUUUGUUGAUGUACGUAAGUGAUUGAUACUUAAGAUCAAAUCUAAUAUAUUACGCAUCCAACGCUUUAAAUUGCGACACUCACCACCAAAUGACUUGCUCGCAUAAAAAAAUGAUUGGUGACUUAUGUUUUGAUUGUUUUUAAAGAAGAAUUACCUCGCAGUUUACCUAAACACAUUUCACGUUACACAACAAUGAUCGUUUGGAUUGAAAAGGAAGUAGCGGCCUCCAUUAGGGCAAUAGAUCCAUAUAUUUUGAUCCGUUGUACCGUGUUUGCUAUAAGUACGACUUUCUCCAAUUUGGAACUGUGAACAGCUUUCAUUUAGUUGUCGCUAUGAAGCAGUACGUCUCAAGUACAUCGCAACAGCUUGCUUUAUUGUUUUAAAAGACCUGCAACGAUCCUUGUCAAAGAUGGCGUGACUUAUUUGCCAUCGAUCAAAUGUGACAUAAAAAUUUAAUCUAUUUUAAUGGCGAAUUUUUACAAUGAAAAUGACUUACAUACGCAGAUAUUAUUGAUAUACUGCAUUUUGACUGUUAGGGAAGAAGACUUUUCACGCAGUUUGCCUUAACAUAGUGCAGCUGUACAACGAUUGUCGAUUGAAAUGAAAAGGAAACACAUGCAUUUUUGAUCAAAUCCAACGUGUCAUCCAGCAAACUCGACCAGCUUUCAUUUAGUUGUCCCUAUGAAGGGGGCGCCAAGAAAAUCUGGAUCGGACCGGAUCGAAUCACGGACCGGAUCAGUAUCCGAUCACAGAUCAUGGAUCGGAUCAUGUUAAAUAAAAUUAGACAUUGUGCGUGACAAGCCAAAAUAUAGUCUGCGUGACAUAAUCGAGCGCAGGCCCCACUGGCAUUUUUUUUAAGGCACAAAAACCUCGCGGAUCGGAUCACGGAUCAAAAAAAGAGAGUUUCUAAAAUUGAAACAGUCAAAUCAUGUACAAAAUAAUAAAGAGUUUAAAAAAAGGGGUGUGAAAAAGUUAAAAUGAUUUCAAUGAAAAUUAGCGAUGCUGCUUAAUAAGCCAAAAUAGAGUUUGCGUGACGUAAUGGAGCGCACGCUCAUUUGAAUGUUUUGCUUUUAUUAUUUUUUUCUUUCUUGCCCCAAAACUCCAUGUAGUCAUUUUCACCGCUGUUUCGAGGAGUGUUGUGAAGUGCCUCCAUGGACAAAGGCAAGAGAGAUCAAGGUACGUAUCAUUCUUCAAUCAGGAUGGGAGCAUUGGAUUUUCGGUUUUGCGGUUUAGGCUAUUUUUUAGAUUGAUUUUCGGUUUUUGCGCCAAAAAAAACUCUAGUUUCAGCUGUUCAUUUCGGUUUGCGGAUUUUACGCGGUUUAGCAUUUGGUUUUCGGUUUUCGUCAAAAAUACAAAAAGGGUUUCCGGAAUUUUUUUCGAUUUGUCACGAUCUGAGCGGCAAUUAAGCUCCUCCACUGACCUCGAGCAGCCGAGAAACGCAAAUGUUAUUGAGAGGAAUGCGAAACAAACCAAAUGUCACUGAAAUAACUUCUCGUUGGUGAAAUUUCGUAGCGCUCCGUGAGAGGUCACGGGUCUUAGCACUUCGGUCGAUCAGUUUGCAAACUAUGGCGUACAACGAGCUUCACGCACCGGAAACAGAAGAGGCUUAAGGACCUUAAGAAGCAACUGUGGAUUGUGUCGCCUUUUUCUUAACUGACUGGUGAAAUGAUACAAACCUCUCGCUUACCUUGGUCCACGGUGGCACUACACAACACUCCUCGACACAGCCGUGGGGUUUUUGGACGAAAAAAACAAAAACAAAAACAAAGAAUCUCCCAGUGGUUCCUGCGCUUCAUUAUGUCACGCAGCAGUUUAUUUUGGCUUGUGGUGCAAAAUUUAUAAUUGCAAUUAACAUGACCCGAUCCGUGAUCCGAUCCGUGACCCGGUCCGUAAUCCGAUCCGAUCCGUGAUCAGACCGGUGAUCCGAUCCGGUCGGAUCCAGAUUUUGUCGAAGCCGCUUUGAAGCUAAAUGUCUCAUGCUCCUCACGACAGCUUGGUUCACAUGGAUUAAGAAUAUGGAGUAAUGAUUACUCAUAUUCCUGGCGUGACAAAAUAACGUCAUGCAAAAGCAGCCGUGACGUAAAAGUGGGAUGAUACCAUUGUCUCAAACAUUUCAAGCGUGACGCGCGAAGGUUUAAUGGAUAUAUUCGCAGUUUUGGUUUUUAUCAUAAUCAUCUUUGCGGUGCUUACUUUUUUUGAGGAAAAGAAUGUAAAUUAGAAAGAUUUGAGGAAGUAUUGAAUAGUAAUGUUCGUUUGAUUGCCUACUUUGCUAGCGGACGUUUAUCUGAUCAUCAUGUGGUUAUCUCGUACCUUGACUUUUCAAAGCCAGGCGGUUGAGGGCGGUUGUAAAACCCUACUUUCAGUUACACGGUAGGGUCUGGCUAUGAGAUUACUGGCGUGUGUAUGGCGUGAGGCUGUGCUAUCGCCGCGAUUCUUCUGCUAUUCCCUCUAAAUCUAACUGAGGUCUUCUUCAGACUGAUGGUCUUUUUCGAAUCAUUAAGUCUUGCUUAAGACUACAAAUAAUUAACGAAAAAUAAAUAAAAACAUGGAUAAAUGAAUACUUAAUUGUGAAAACAGAAAUCUUAAGCCUAGCCCAAAGCCUUUGCGUUUCAAUCCUGUUGAGCUGAAUGCUUAUUCCGCGUUUACAGCGCAAAGAACUCUUAACGUAAAUGCGACUCCCUACGUUGAGCUGACUGAACUGAUCGGAAAUCUCCCCGAUGAUUCCGAUGACCAUACUCGAUUCCACAUUUCUCCUGUUAUUAGAGAAUAGGUAUUCAAAGGGAUUAAGGUUAAUAUUUUUGCUGGAUCGUAAGCAUUUACCGUGUUGUAAAGCUUCAAGCCUUAGAUUCGUGGGCCAAUGUUCAUCAUACAGGGCUUUGUGUGCUGCUUUAAGUAAAUGCCAGUCCCGACGCUCACUCAUUGGUAACCAGCCUAAUUUAAAUAAAGUAUUCACAGAGUUCCCAUAGUGACCCGUGACAAAGCUGGCAGCGGGAAACUGAAUAUGCUGAAGCUUUUUAAGCCGAUUUUCACUGAGGGAGUAAAAUACAAUGUCACUAAAGUCUAAGCGUGAUAGAACUAACGAUUCGGCAAGAUCCUUUCUCAACUUAUAUUUAGUAAAGUAAAGGAUUUUUUUAAGCGUGCCUGAGGUACCAUACCAUGAAGCAGCUAAAUGUUUGAUAUUGUCGUCCCAUUUGAGGUUACUGUAGAUGGUAACCCCGAGAAACUUUGUAGAUUCGACUCGCUCAAGAGAGUUGUCUCCGACAGUGAGAUUAAGUGCGCGAUCUAUUAAUUUGUGGUGGGUGUUGACAUUUGCUGGGUGGAGAGAACCACGAAUUUGGUCUUAUUAGGGUUCAAGCAAGGUUAAAGGUUGGAGUCCUUAGACCAUGAUCCAAGUUUGGUAAGGGAUUCGUUUAAAUCGCACGUCAAUUCCCUUAAUGCACAAUGAGUGUAGGGGAUGUGUCAUCAGCGUAUUGAGAACAAGAUGUGGAUAGAUCGAGGUUGUCUUGCAGGUCUGAUACAUACAAAUUGAAGAUCAUCGGCGCGCGGAUCGAGUUCGUAGAAUUUCUUUAGCGUUGUCUUGAAACAAACCGUAUCAAAAGCCUUAGAAAAAUCGGCCACACUGUAAAAUUAAAAGAGUUGAUUUGGCCCCAAAAAUGGGGCCAAAACGAGUGAGUCCAGUUUGGCACUCGCUUAGGGUCAAUUCGGCCCCAUUGAAAUGGGGCUGUUUUUGGCACCAAUUUUGGGGCUGAAUUGACCCCGUUGUAGGGGCCAAAUUGGACCAUGUGAAGGGUGAAUUUGAAAAAUACAGGGGCCAAUUUGAAAUUUAUAGGGGCCAAAACAGCCCCCGAAAUUUCAGCCCUCUCACAAAUGGCCCCUUUAAAAAGAGCCAAUUCAGCUCCAAUGUGGGCCACCUCAGAAGUAGAGGGCUCUUUCCUCUCCAUGCUGAUUUUCCCCCUUACAUUCAAAUAAUGAAAAUACACCACAUACUUUAUCUUUCAAACACUCAUUUAUUAGGUUCUAGAUAUUGUUUAUGUAAAAACCUUUUACGCUACCUGAUUUUACAGUUAUUACGAAUCUUAAUUGUGGUAUAAAACAGACAAACUUUAAAACAUCAUGUGAAAGAAUAUAACAUACAUACAUAUUUAACAUGAAUUCAACCAUUUUCUAAAAUAGAUCUCUUCCCUAAAUCAGUAUACUUCUUAACAGUGCAAGCAUUGCAAGAAAUUACACCCAAGAGACACUUGUGAGUGAAGCUUCCCUUUUCAAUGACUUAGCAAAUGCGGUAAUUUAAAGCAACUUAUAAUUAAGACUGAUUUAAAGUACAGAAAAUUAUCAAAAUAAGACAGAGGCAAAAAAUGGUCCAGUUCCUGCACAAGAAUAUAGAUCUUGUUUGAUUUUUGCAUAUGAAAAACAAAGAGCCUUAGAGCAGCAAAGAGUAUUCUUCCAGUGGAUGUGAGAAUACAUACACUCAUAUUGCUACUUUAGAUAUUAUCAAAAUAUAAACUAUCAGCAAGUACUACCGCAGGUAUUUGCCAAGUCAUUGAAAAUAGAGGAAACAGUGACAAGAGUCUGCCUGUGCCCAAUUUCAAGCAAUGCUUGCUCUAAAAAAAGUCCAAAUUGCCUUUGACCGAUUGUAAGAAAAUAUAAAUGAGCCAAGUAACCCAAUGAGAGCAUCAAGAAUCUUUUCUUGUGAGAAGUGACAAAAUUACACUUCCCUCUGUUACUAUAUUCAGGUGAUUGAUGUAUUGAAGAUCUCCAACAAUUAAAAUUUGUGCUGGACAUAAUCUCUGAUUGCUGAAUCAACAUCAGCUACUCUAUGCAAUAAAAACAAGUUUUACAACCACAUUAAAAUUAAGCCAAAGUACAAAAAGUGCCUGUAGCCAGAAAAAAAAAAGAAUAUAUAUAUACACACUUAAGUUAAAGAAUAAAAGAGGACGCAUCAAUUCUCUGUGACUGAGUUUUGUGCCUAAGCGCUUGUCAGACAGAAAAGUUCUGCCUGACAAACGCUUAAGUGCGAAAUUCAGAGUCACAUAGAACUGAUGUGUCCUCUUUAAUUCUUUAACUUAUGUAUACUUAGCUCUGCUACCACAGCAUUGAGCACUUUAUGCCAAGGUAGACUGUACCCCCACAUUUACAUAUAUAUAUAUAUAUAUAUAUUGUUUUUCUAAAACUACAAGCUAAAACACCAGAAAUGGAAGUGGAAGUUUAGCUCAAUGUGUGUAAUUUGUCUCCCAUUCAAGACUUGAAAAACUAAUGUAUGACUCCCAAAAUAUCUGAAAAAAAUCAGCUAUUCUAUGUCCAAUAUUUAUCUAAUGGUUUGACAACAGGAAUAUUUAAAAAAAUUGCAAAAUCAAAAAAACUAAACAAAAAGGCAAAAUUAAUACAACCCCAAAGUACUUGAACCUUUGUAUCUGGACUUCAUUGGCAAAUGGGCUCAGAAAUUUUAGCUGUUCAUCUUAGUACCAAAGUAGCAGUUUUUUGGACUUGUACCUCCAAAAUGGUCACAACUUCAUUAAAUGCAUGUGAUGACAAACACACAAGAACAAAGGUCAUGAACUUAAAAGGUGAGAGUGAUUAUUUUGCAACUUUUUAGUUUAAGGCAAGAGAUUCAGCACCACAAAAUUGUCUCUCUUCACUGCAAGCAGAAGAGGUGAAGCAAUAGAUUUUUAGACCAUACCAAUCCAUUCAGUUUCCAAGUCAACUUAGUCUAGUAUCCUGCUAACCAUACAAGGCUACUCUGCAAUAAUUUUUUUUUGCAAUCCACUGUUUCUCAGAGUACUUUAGGCUGCUGAUGAGAUAUCCCUUCCAGGUAUCCAACUCUACUAAGGCAGAGAACUGUACAAAAAAACAAACAAAUGAGCAAAUUAAUUUGUUGUUGGAGAACAGUAAAUUUUUGCAACUACAAAGUUGCAAAAUAUUUGUAAGCAAACUGUGCAUAAGAAGUAAAAACACAAUAAUAGUGAUCAUCAAUGAUGUAUUUUCACCAAACUGUAUAUGUACUUAUCAAGAAAAGAAAUCAUACCUGUAUGCACUUCAGUUUUAGUUCAGUAUUCAUGAAUAAAUAAGGAUUGCUUGUAGACUUAAAAAACAAAACAAAGAAAAGUUUCUUACCCUCGAUGGUAGUUGGCAUUUUGAAAGCCAUUCAGGAGGAACCUGUAGGUAAAUAUUUGUUUUCAAAAAAAUUAAACUGUCUGAUAACAUCCUAUCAAUUCACUAAUUUUUUAAUUUACCAGAUUUAGAAAUUGGGUUUACUUUGUUUUAUGCAUGGUGCAAGUAAAUACAUAUCUAAUAUAUUUCAAUAAAAAUAAAGCAAAUCUCGCCAUUUUUGUAGGUGCAAUCCCCGAGAUUUGUCAUCUUUAACUGACCAACUGGCACCUUGUGUGUUUUCCUUUAGGGUAUAAUCGAAAGAAAGUAAUCGAUAAUGUAAUCUUCACCAUCCUGCUAAGUUUAAUAUACAAGAACUUACUUAGACAGUGCUCAGUUCUGUCGCCUCGUCCGUAAAACAGAGAUCCUUGGGCGAUUUACCCUUUUCUUUCGGUGCCAAUGUCACCUCUAAAUUUUCAUAAUCGCUGAUGUUAUCUGAAUCAUCAAUCGACGUUUGAACCGUCUUACUCGAAGGACUUGAUUCUGCACGCUGAAAGAGUGAGGGCCAAAAAAUCAGCUUAAGUGGUGCAGACAAAGACAUAGACAUAAAAAUAUCAGUUCAUCUUUUCAAGAAAAAUAUUAAGAAUUCAGAGUGAGAGAUCCUAAAAUCAGAGAAUCUUGAAAUAAGUUAGAUCCAUCUUAUGCAAAGGCAGUAUUCGAACUGUAACCGUCUCUAUCUCUCGGCGCCAAAAUUUGAUCACGUGACUUUAGUUGCGAAACCGCUGAGACUCAACAAGACUCGGGAGAAGAGGCGAACCAUUCAUGUGUCAAAUUCUCUGGUGGGAAAAUUAAUUAUCGUACCGACGAAGAACUCGUGUCAUCUCUAGGUUCAGCGUUCAUUGCAAUCAAUUUCUUGAGCUUUAGACGCUCUUUUAUAAUAGGGAUGUAGUGCCUUGGUACGUCUGCAUCUUGGGCGAUGGCAAGGAGAUCUUGGCCAUCGCAACCGUCUUUUUCUGCAAGAUAAGAUACGAACAAAGAUCAAUGGAGCGGUCAAGUUUGUGAAUGUAAAGUUGCAGUAAAAUACGUUGUUAAGAAAUUUCUUUUGCCUACCUUUCCUUUCUUAAGUCUCAUUCCAUGCGACUGUAGCCAAGAAACAGCCUCUUCAGUGACGAAUUCGCUGCUAUAAUUCAUUGUUUCCGACGCACGUGGUCUAGGUUCGACUAAUGCCAUCACAGGCAGCUCACGCUCACGUCUCGAGAAAAAGCCAACGAUUAAUUCGUUGUGUGACUCGGUGUUCAGUUACGAGAGGAACCGUUGAAAAUUUGAACACUUUAUAAGGAAUAGUAUAGGGAACGAAAUAUGGUCGAAAAAAGAAAAUUAUAUUUUCUUUUUUUUUCAAAAAUUGCACCUCGUUGGGGCCAAAUUGGUCAAUCCUACUUGGCUCUUGGAAGGGCCAAAUUGAGAAAAAGUUCCAAAGUAGAAUUCAUAGGGGCCAAUUCAGAUUUUGGAGGGGUCGAAAUGGUACCUGUCCCGCCCGUUUUGGCUCAAAUAGUCCAAAACGAACCUUGAUGGGCCAAACUGGCCCUCGAGAAAUUGGGGCCAAUUUGGCUUUUGGGGUCAAUUUGGCUCUUUUCAUUUUACAGUGCAGAACCAUCAAGGUGAUCUUUUACUUUUCAUAGCGCGCUAUAUAUCAUCUCUUAUUUCAAGAAGGGCAGUGAAAUCCUGUCCGGACGUUAACACCUUUUCAAAAGAAACUCAUAAAAUUUUAAAAGCUACAGUAGAUAUUUCGUAGAGAUAUGCAUGUUCAUAUUAUUAUAAGUAAUCCUGAUUUUUUUUUUUAAUUGUUAUACCCAAUUUUAUGUUUGUAUAACAUGUAGGGCCAUUUUACCCAUGGAAACGCUGUUAAUAAACCGUUAUUAUUAUUAUUAUUAAUUACCUUAUUGAUUAAUGCGUGAAUAAUGAUGGUGAUCACCCUCUAACAAGUCACGUGUCCAGUUAUAAUGUUUGGCUUUAGAAAGUAAUCCAUUUUCACACAAUCCCCUCCCUACCUCUCCUGUUGUUCAAACACUCCCCUCUCUCACCCUCCUGUUGUUGAUUAUUGAUAGAACUUAAAACAACAUAUCUGCAAUUUGUUUUUUUUUUGUUUCUUUGUAGAUGGAGAGAGACUAUGUUCGUGUUAUAGCUUUAAUAAUAAGUCAAGUAGUUUUAAUUGGCCACAAGCAAAUGGUAACUGUAAAUACCAUAACAAACACCUUGUGGUGAUGGAAACAGAGCAGGAAUGGGAAUUUGUCAAAAAUGCGACUCAAAAUCGAGAAGGCAGUGAUUAUGGUGAAUGGUUUAUUGGUUUGGAGAUGAAUAUGACAACAAAAAAUUGGACUUGGGUCAAUGGCAAAUCUCUGACUAUUGACAAAUGGGAGAAGUCAAGUCCUGACCCAAAUGACUUUUACGGGAUGAUUCACAAGGAAUUUCCAGCUGGAAUUAAAGGAUCUUUUAGCACCUUUAAAGGAAAAGUACAAAGAGGAUGGAUUUGCGAGAAAGAAUCAGGUAUUGAUCAGCACCAGAUAAAAGAAACGAUUUUAGCUAUAUCAAAAAUUAUUAUCAUGCAUGAAUCUGAAUUAGCCACAGACUGCUUCUGCCCUCCCAUUCCCACCCCUUAUCUUUCCCUUUCCCACCCCUUAUCUUUCCCAUUCCCACCCCUUAUCUUUCCCUUUCCCACCCCUUAUCUUUCCCUUUCCCUUUUCCCACCCCUUUCCCUUUCCACCCCUUAUCUUUCCCUUUCCCACCCCUUAUCUUUCCCUUUCCCAUUCCCCCCUUAUCUUUCCCAUUCCCACCCCUUAUCCCCACCCCCUUUAUCCCAUUCCCACCCCUUAUCUUUCCCAUUCCACCCCUUAUCUUUCCUUUUCCCACCCCUUAUCUUUCCCUUUCCCACCCCUUAUCUUUCCCAUUCCCAUCUUUCCUUAUCUUUCCCUUCCAAUCCCUUAUCUUUAUCUUUCCCUUUCCCCCCCUUAUCUUUCCCAUUCCCACCCUUAUCUUUCCUUUCCCACCCACCUUGCCUCUUCCCAUUCCCAACCCGCCCAUUGCCACCACCUCAUACUGAAGGCUUAUCAUCUUCCCUUUUAUCUUUCCCCCCUUAUUUCCCUUUUCCCCCUUAAAAAUCUUCCUUUUCCCACCCCUAUCUUUCCCAUUCCCACCUCCUUAUCUUUCCCUUUUCCCACCCCUUUAUCUUUCCCAUUCCCCACCCCUUAUCUUUCCUUUCCCACCUCCUUAUCUUUUUCCCACCCCUUAUCUUUUCUUUCCCACCCGCCCAUUUUCCCAGCCUCUUUUCCCGUAAAAAAAAAGCUCUAUAGAUAAAUUAUAAGAGAACCCCUUAGAAAUCUAUCGAUUAGUAGCUAUGGCCAAACCUAAAAACAGUAGACUCUCACCUAAUCGCAAUGCUACCCCCCAAAUGUCUAGCUAGUGACAGUGUCAAUUGUCAUUUUUCUUUAACAGACAACUGUCAAGGAGACUGUUUCGUACAUCCUGUUCCGCAAAGCACUAGUCCUCCUGGAACAAAAGCUUUUACUACAAAAGUCAGGACGUCAACAGAACAGGAUAUCACUGAUGUAUCAGGUUAAUUUAAGGAUAUGUAAAAGAGCAACUUUCAUGAAGUAAUCGAAGAUUGUAUGUUUCGUUUUGAAAUUUUGAAAACAAAUCGAAACGGUCUCUAUUUGUCUCUCUUUUUUUACCGUCUGGCUCGUCUUUUUGUCUGUUUUUAUUUUUUAUCUGAGGAAAAAAGAUUUGACCCCCCAGUGGUUUUCCUUUUUUGUAUGUUUUAUCUUUGUGUCUUAAGCUUAAAUCAAUAUUAAAAGCCAGGAUCACUACCUAGGUUUAACUAUAUCAUGAUUUAUGUGCAUGUGAACAAAACUUUUAAUACAUUGAUUUAAAAUUUAGGGUCUUUAACAAUUGUCUCCAUCCUUACCACGGCGAAAUCAACAGACAGAGCGAAAUCAACAGACACCCCUACCACAGCGGAUGACAAGAGCAGUUUUUCCCCCACAGUAAUGAUAGUAGGCGCAUCUUUAGCAGCAGUGCUCUUCGUAGCGUUGGUCAUUUUCAUCAUAGUCAUUUUAUUAAGACGAAAGAAACGUCAGGGGAAAGGUGAAGAGUCUCUAGAUGUUGUAAAGAUGAAACUAUUAUUAUUUCCCAUAUGAAAAUAGUUUCUAAUGAUAUAGUGGUUCAGAUAUCAUUCAUGGGGCGAAACCUUGAACUAACCUUCUGUCUGUCAGAGACUAUCAUUUUGGCUGCGAAAAUAGAACUGGAGACUAACCACACUUAAACAAGCCUUUUUUGUUUGUUUUAUAUUUGUUGUUGUUGUUUUCUUUUCUUGGGUAAAUGUUAUUGUUCCUUGGUUUCCAGAUAAUAUUUAUUGUAUUUACUUUGUUUUAUUGAAUCCCUGGCUUACACAUGCUACAUAAGCUUGUUCUCAUAACAGGUCAAAUAUUAUUGGGGUUCCUCUAUGAGGUACAUGUAUCUCUGGAAUGGUUUCAUCAUAAAAGUUGCAGAACUAGUCUCAUUAAUUGCCUUUGACUUCCCAGCCGUUCUUUCCUUUUUCGACGUUGUGCUUAUAAGCAAUGUUGAAUUGAAAACCAGCUUUUAAUACAUAAUAACUAGUUUGGGAAAUGUUUAAAAAGAAGUUUCCCAAUGAUCAUAAGUAAAAAGGAAAAAAAACACUAGGCUGCACUUGCUUGUCCAUAAUUUCAGAAACAUCUUUGUUGUUGUUGUUGUUGUUGUCUGCUGAGAAAAAAAAAACGUUUAUCUUUUAUUUUUAUUUAUUAUUAUUAUUUUUUUAAUGCUCUGUUAACUAUGGCGAUGUUUAGUUUGAUAAAUAGUUUGUUUGUUUGAGUUAAAGAUACAGAGAGUGCACUGCCCAAUGAAUCUUUACCGAAGAUGUCAGCGCCGAAAAAGUUAGUAUUUAUCUUUGCUUCGUUUUUAUGUUUAUUUGUUUAUUUGUUUGUAUGUUUGUUUAUGCUUUUGGGGGUACUUUUUGAGUUUCUUACAACAGAUCAUUACCAAAUGAUAAAACCAACCAGCACUCAUUGAAUUUGUAUAGGGUAAGGUAAGUCAGCAUACUAUUGCUGGAAAUCCUACCCUCUUAGCAUAGCAUGGAGCAAUUACAAUUAUUGAUACUUCUCCCUUCCUUAGAGAGAAUCCAGUCCAUAGCAGGAUUACCCCCUCGUACAUGGCCUAAUAAUUAUUUAACAAAUUGCGCCUGGACCAACGUCGAUCGGCAAGAAGACUAUUUUGUCUUUUACACCUUUUCACGUUUAAAUGAUUUCGCUUUUCGCUAAUUGUUCCACUACAAACAGAAGAAAAGAAAAAAAAAGUAAACAAAAAAUAGAAUGAAGACACACUGCUCGAUGUCGAGAGUGCGUGAAAAGGCGGGUUUACUUAGUCUUUUGUCAGGCCUCGAGGUUUUGUUUUUUGGUCUAUUGAAGCAAGUAAACAUCGCUGUUGAAGGCAAAACAAAAGGUGCGAUUUUCGCACCUUUUUCCGUUUCAGUGAUUUUAUUCUCCGGUUAGCCAAAACUUCUCAAACAAAAAUCUUUAUCGUCGCAUUAGGUGAGGGAAAAAAAAUAGUGUGACUGGUUUGAAAUUGCUUGCACAAACCUUUCCUUGGUAUUCCUUUUUUCGUGACAACUCCCUACCUCGCGCGCGCUCACGUUUGUCGCAGAUUUGUUUUUAUCCUUGUCCACGCGACGCCGCUCAGGGGGCGGGCCAUUCACUAAUUUGGGGUAUUGCUCUCUAGUUGAAAAGCUAAUAAAUUUUAUCAAUGAUACUUGCAUAUAAAAGCCUCGUAAACACAAGUCAUAAUCACUUUAGACAAUCCCUGGUUGAGAGAAGAGCUAAGAAACAUGAGUAAGUUUUAUGAAGUAUCGAAAGUGCUCGGUAAGCGUACGGACGCUCACGGUCGCGUUCAGUACCUCGUCCGCUGGUGUGGCUAUGGAAAGAAGUACGAUAGCUGGGUGGAUGAAACGGAUAAAAUCCAGCGCCUAAAACAAGUGUUUAGGACACGCCACCAAGGAACUCCAGGCUUGCUGCAGACCUUGGUUGUGUUAGUUGCAGAGAAGCUGAACAUGAAAAAAAAACGCCAACAACCAGCAUCGUGAGACGUGCGUCCGUUACCAUGCCGAUGGAUACCGAUAACUUCUUUCCGCGCCAAAUCUCUUGCGAGCGACGAAGUUUUCUGUGCCCAUUCACGAUGGUCGUUAAACACUUUCAAAACCUCCACGACUUGUCGGUUGCAGCCCGGCAAGCCUGUCGAGAUUGCUCUUUUAGAGCGCAAAAAAGUUUUUUUUGCUCAUUCAAGCUGUUUGCGCUGUCAAGGUGGGAAUGGAGCCCUCGUCGCUUGCAAAGACAUGGUGCGGAAAGUAGUGUUUGGUUCAACUCUUUUAAAGGUCUCAUUCUACCGUGAGCGGAACAAGCAAGCCGAGCGAAAGCCCAAGGAGCGCACAAGACUAACCUGGGCGAAACCAAGAUCAGCGGCGAGGUCGCCAACAGUGACCUACCGCUGAGUAGUCACUUAAACAAACGGCUCCUUUUAAGGAGCCACCAGAUAUAAGAAAGUAAUGACCAACUCGAAUGUGUGAUACUCUUUUAUUUCUUUUUUUUUGGCCCUUUUUUUUUUAAGAAAGUUCCAUACGCCUCACUUUUAGAUCGCGCCGAUUGUGUCCAUCCCUGGGGUUGGUAUCACUCAAAUAAUCAUACUUAGAAGGGAUUUAUUCAAUUAUCUUUCACCCAGUCGCCCUUUUGAACUAGCCUCGCGUCUUGCCAAGAUAACUAAUAGGCCUUGAACCUGAUAGCGUGUUCUGGACAACGUUCUUUUCAUUUUUGCCUCAAAAUUAUGCAACACCGGAACCUGGUAAUUUGACACCGAUACCAGUACCAGUUCAUCAAUCAUGGAGGAAGCAGGACACGAGGCUUGGUAAGUGAGAAUUAAAUGCACCCGUAUUAAGUACUUCUGCCAGCGACCUACUCGCGUUUGUAACCACGAAAGUAUUUCUUAGUCAAACAGCACACCGUAGCUUACAGUAAAAGCUAGUAAAUCCGCCGGUGGUUCAUUGAAAUGAGCCACAUUUAUUCUCGCUAAGAUAGCUGACAAUUUCAACUUGACGGAUUACACACAAUAACAAAAAGUAUUUAGUCUAGAUUUUGAUUUCCUCGUUUGACUGUUUUUUAUCAAAGUAUCUCAUAUUCUUGAAUGGUGAUAAGUAGUAUUCGGUUUUGGAGAAAAGUAGCAGAAAAGCAAGGAGUUUGAAAGGAUAAAUCGAGUCUGUAAACCAAACUCAUCACUGAAUUUUAUCUUACUUUAUUAGUGAGAUAUUUCCUGUUCCAGGAAGUUUUGGACUUAGUGGACUGAAUCAAAUUAAAAUACUACUCUAAACCCUAAGUAAAUGGUAUAAUUUGAUAAAAAUGUUGAAAAAUUAGACAAGGUAAUUGAUAAGAUCUAUUAAUUUAUCAAAUUAUUUCUGAAUUCACAGGAGUUAAGAGAGAAAGGGAUUCAACAGGUAACUAAAAAAAAUACUUUGCAAAGUGGAGUUUCAACACUUUAAAAAAUAGAAGAAAUUUGAGUAUUCAAUUUAACAUACUACUUUUUUCAAUUAUUUCAAUUAGAAGAAGAACGACAAUUAACAUGGGGAUGGGGAUUCGUUGGUGGCCCCAUCACCACAGAAGAAGACCCUGAGGGUCAGAGCGAUUUUAAUAGUGGUUAUCAUUCCGCUGAAACUGAGAUCAUUUCAGAUUCAGAAGAUGAUCUGUUCUUUUUAGAUGGUGAGUUAGCAGCCACUUAUCAUUGUAAAUAAAUUAUAAAGUUCAGGAUCAAGGCAAUUACAUUUACAGAAGUGUUACCCAGUGGCCGGGAUAAUGAGGAGAGAGGAGAGGAAGUGGACGAGGAGGAAGUGGGAGAGAUUGAAUACUGGAGUGAAGAGGAGUUGGGAGAAGAAUGGGAGCAGUGGGAAUUUGUAGAGGAAGAUGAUGUGGAGGAGGACCAAGAGUACGAGGAAGAUGAAGAGGAGGAGGAAGACGAAGAGAAUGAUAAUGAGGAGGAGAGGGAGGAAGAAGAAGGCAAGGAGGAGGAGAAGGGAGAGGAGAAGGUGCCAGUGUUCCCAUUGACCCGUGCGUUGUCUGUUUUACCAGACCACGCAAUGCCAGCUUCAUUCAUGGCGACACAGGACACCAAGUUUGUUGUUUUGAAUGCGCUUCAUGGUUGAAAAAUGAAAAAGAGAGAUGUCCUGUGUGCCGGAAAAAAAUCCAACUUGUCAUUAAAUUUUUUUUUUUUGUGGCAGUUAAUUGUAAGGUAAUUAAUAUAUGUAAUUAGUAUAAUUACUCAGGUGAUUAUGGAAAUGAACAGAAGUAAAAAGUAAGUAAAGUAGAAGUAAAAAAUAAAAAGAAAGAAAAUACAGUUGCUCUGACAAUCCCCGAGCAAGUAUACUUAAAAAAAUAUUAUUAUUCUCCUCUGGCUCAGUAAAUAUUGUGGAAUUAUUGAUCAGUCCGAUAUUAAGCUUCAUACACAAUGUCGGGUUAUCACCUAAAUUUUUCUGUUACACACAUACUGCUUUAAUUAAUUGUAAUUGUGUAUGUAUAUAAAUGAUUUUAUGUUUUUAAUGGUGCCUACCUGAGCAGUAUAUUUUGAAUUUUUUCCUCCUUUCUGUGAUCCACGAUGGAAUGCCUGGGCUUGCCAGUAGUUCUUUUAUACUAAUGCUGAAAAAAGAGAGUAAUAUUAAAUUUAUUUAUUUUUAUACCACAAAGUUUCACUUAAAAGCUUCCUGCUUAUAUAAUUACAUUAACUUUCAGACCUAUUAAUUUAUCUGCUAAUAGUAAAUAGUAGAUGCAUUGUGUAAUUAUUAUUUGAUAUCAUCACCAUUACUUUCAUCCAGGAAGACAUUUGUUAAGAGUUAAAUUUUUGUUGACGUACUGUGAAUGUAGAGGGUGAUUUCUUCAUCAUAGAACAUUUCAAGAAAUAGCUUUCCCCACUCCUGCACAUAUGUUUUAAAGCGCCGAGGCUCAAGGUAUUCUGGAUCAUUAUCUUGAACCUGUAACGCCCGCAUCAAAGUCUGAAAACCCUACAGCAAGAAGCAAAUGCAGAUAACAAUUAAGCAUCAUUAUUUUUAUUUCAGACGCUCUCACAAAGAUUCUUUGCUGAUAGCGUAAAAGGAAUAAACAGCGACAGGUGAAUAUAUUACUGAGUAAUUUCCAAGGAAAUUUCGCAAUGAUACGUACCUCGAUUGGUUUAAAUUCUGCUGGUAAAAUCUCUGCAGCAUUUCGGAGGUAGUCUCCGAUUGUUUUUCUCUUCAAAGACCGCGCAGCCCUGUCCACGCCCAAUAGCUUUUGCGGCUGAUGUUAAAUUUCACGGUGUUCGUUACAGGGUUAACUGCAAGGCGACUUUGGGCAACUUCGUGUCUUAGAAGCUGAAGUUCCUGGCGAAGCUGGAAAACUUCAGCUGUUCUCUCUGCCAAUUCCGCCGCCUGGUCAUUAUUGAUCUUAACAUCUUCCAUUUUUUCAGAUCGUAACUGCUCAUUUUGAGCGCACAGAUGGCGAAUACGCUAGUCGUACACCUCAAGGAGUGGCAAAGAGAUAGUAGACUGCUCUCCCUCAAAAUGCCUCGGUCCGCGUCUUUAGAGGGCGUUUGGCGCCUUCUCUAUCUUAAACAUGGAAAACAUUUUCAAGAAAACUUUUUUUCGACGAUCUCUUCUGAUGACACGAGCGAAAUGAUUGUUGUUAAGUGACAAUAGCGAAAUGAUCGUUGUCGAGUGCACGCGUCUCUAUAGCCAUUUACUCCAUUAGCAUGACAACAAGAAAACAGUGGUGUCAACUGAGCGCGAAUUUCAAAGACGCUCAGCUGCGCUCAAAACAAGUUAUAGGCCGGUAUCUUAACUUUUGACGAUUAAGAAACAAAGACGAGAAAACAAUACACAACUGAUCACGAAAGCGUUGCAAGUUAUGAAUACUCUAAUGGAACUAAUGCACUGAAAGUGUUUCGUAACUAAAUUCCCCAGGAACUCUGUUACAAUUUCUUAGAUUGACUACUUAUAAUCUGCAAUAUGUCUGCGAAGAGUUAAAAUCGAUUAGUUUGAAUUGGGGAAGUAACAGUAGUAAUAGCGCAACAAUUGUGUUUUUAAAUAACACGAAAGACGCUUUUGUUUUCUUAUACAUUUAAGACAUUCAAUAAUUUUAUCAUGACAAUUUAACCCUCCCAACAGUUUACUGAUAUUUCGAACAUAAUUGAUAGCAGCGGCAGUUCUUCGCCUUAGGUAAGCUACUUUCCCCGCAGGGGAUUCGGCUUAUCAGCUGGCCUAUUGCAAAGCAUUAAAAAGACCAGAAAAUAGGCUUAUUACUUCGCUUCACUUUUGAGUUUCUUUUCCGAUGACUGGGUUUUGCUUGUAGUUGUUUUGCGCCUUUCCACUUGUAUUUAAAAGUACAAACCCUAGCCCUUUUAGCGUGCUCCUGAACGUUGACAUUCGCCGGUUUGCGUGAAGAAAAGAAAUAACUUCUGCAGCCCGCGCUUCAUGUUACAAAGUUUCCCUUCGGAACCCCCGAAGGGAAAUUGUCUUUGUUCUGAGCGACAUUUCCCUUACCCUACCCCGAGAAUUGUGAUAUUAUCAACAUCUGGUAGUCAACGAAUAUUUUGAAUCUCGCGCUCGGAAAUUAGCUUAGCGUCGGUUCUUUCAAACCUUUGUUCCAGAAACAAUAGAGCCUCUAAGCUGCAAACAAUUAAAAUGCCUCUGAAAGGAAGGUAAUCCAGUGCCAUUGUCUACCCAAAAUUAAACACAAAGUUUGAUAUGGGUAAAGGAUAUUGAAUGUUCGUAAAGGAUAAGGAUCAAUAUGGAUAUAAUUAACCACUUUCUAUUUGGAGAAAUACUCAAAGAAAUGAAAUGAUUAUAGCUCAUCCAUCUUCCGUAGAAUUACCGUGGUAUUUUGACCAAUUUCGCUUAUAAAACUUUACGCCUCUUUAAUAUUCUUUGCGCAUCUUUACUCACUGUUCUUUACCAACCUUUAACAUUCUUAAACAUUCUUUACGCACAACCAAUCUUUACGUGCCGUUAAUUCUCUUUACAAAUCUUUAGCGUUCUUCAACGACCCUUAACUUUCCAUUCGCACAAUCAGUCUGUACGUGCUUUUAAUUCUCUUUCCGCAUCUGUAUUCUGUCUUUUAUACCGGUUCUAAACUUUCUGUUCGCAUAAACUGGUAAUAAAGGCCACAGCAAGAGAUUCUUAAACGCUGCUCUUACAUUUACCAUCAAGUCUACUUGAUAUCUUCCUAAUUGCCUGAUGAAUGUGGCGAGCUGUUCGCUGCUUUGUUUUUUCGAACUUUUUUUUGGUUGUCUUACUGUUAGCUCUCAGUGUAUUUCCAUUGCCAAAUGCCAUUUAUAGCUAGCCUACUUUUGUUUCCUGUUUUCUUUUUGUAUGUUUAUAUGUAACCUCUCUCUCCACAGAAAUCAACGCGACUUUCAAGACGGUUUGCCCUUGAUUACUUUGAAUAAUUGUGCCCAGCCUAGUUUUUCCGCGGGAAAUGAAACCAAGAAUGACAGGCUCCAAAGUAAACCGUCUGUCCAGCAAGAGGGUGUAUAUACCGCACUAUGUCCUCAGUCAAUGAUGGUAAUUAUACAUAAAAUGGAACGAAAUUAUCCAAUGUGAUCCAAAUGCGAUUUUUGAAAAACAAAAAAUUGAAUUAAAAUUUCCUAAUCAGUAAAACUGUGUUUCGCAGACGCCUGAAGAGGAUGUUUCACGAACGUACGCGUCGCUUGAUGAAUCUACAAGAGAAGCCAAAGACAUUGAAUGUGAGAAUUUAAUACCAGCUCAUGGGUAUGUUAAUACUUCACCAUCAGAAAAAAAACAUGUCAAAAGCUAUAGUGGAUUGUUUGUUAGAAAUUUAGCGUUAACCCAGGACUAGAAAGCUGUAGUAAACCAAGUGUUCAGAGCACUUAGAUUUUGGGAGGAGUUCAUUUCAUAGGUAGCAAUCGAGUCUACAGUUUUUCCUCCCUGUUAAAUAAUCUACGUACAGUUGAAAUUCCCGAUGAAAUAAUUUCUUAAAUUAAUUAACAGCUAACCUCUUUUCAUUUGUUUGUUUGUUUGUUUAUUUAUUUAUUUAGGCUCCGUAAACCGUUUGUCCAACGGGAGGGUAUAUAUACAGCACUGAGUCCAGAGCCAUUGAUGGUAAUGAAUUUAAAUUACUUAAUAUGAUCCCCAAAAGAUUUUUCAAUAUAAGAUUACAAAAAAAUGGAAUGAAAAAAUUGCGAUACGUCUAAGUGUUUUCAAACUACUCAGCUAUAUCUAUCUAUCUAUCUAUCUAUCUAUCUAUCUAUCUAUCUAUCUAUCUAUCUAUCUAUCUAUCUAUCUAUCUAUCUAUCAUUCCUCUAUAUAUCUAUUUAAACAUCGCAAUUUCUCAUGUGAAAAAUCACAUUAUUGCCAGUUAGAAGGAUUUCAUUUGAAAAUAGGCAUUACGUUUCAGAACCACUUGUCUAAACUUUUAGCCGUAUCUAUGUCAAAGAUCGGAGUUUAUAUCAUCAGAAGAUGUAGUAAAUUAAUUGCUUGAUGGUAAGCACAAUAUGUCACAAAGACCUGAAUAGAAAUUUCAAUUAACUACAUACAUGUUUUACACGAUCAGGAGAUGAUCUUAUUAUCGCUGGGUUGCGUUUAUGGUAUCGUUCAAUUUUGUUUCUUGACAAUGGAGAGUUUAGUCAAGCAAACAGCAAUUUUCAAAGGAAUUGAGAGGACAGUUGGAGUCGAUAAACCUUGUCUGUAAAGUAGAUAAAACCAUUAGUUUUCUCACAAAUAAAACUGGAUAUUUGCAGGCUCCAGAAGGUGAGGGUUCUCGAACUUACACAUCCACAGUGGAAGACGGCGACGUUGAAUAUGUGAAUCAAAUACCUAAUCCUGAAUAUGUGAACCAGAUACCUACUCCUGAGUAUGUUAAUGCUUGAGUGAGGUGUUCGCGAGACGGCUGGCACUAAUUUAGGAUUAUAAAGCUGAAGUAAACGACGUAAUGAUAGUACUUGUCCCAGCAAGACCACAAAAGAAAAACACGAAUUUCCGUUGGGUUAAUUUAAUCGUGGUUUGAGAAACCCACAGUAAAUGGACUCUAAAUUAUGCCAA